CGAUAUUGAUGGAUUACCUUAGUAUAACGUUACAGGAUUCUGACUCCAAAUGAGAUGUCUGACUCGAAAUACACUAUACGGAUUUACCCAAUCAAUCAUGACAACCAUGAUGAUCCUUGCUGGAUCGCAGUACGUGGGUACGGUCGCAAAGGCAACACUCUUGGCCGCAACGAACGUUAAUAUGACUAAACACUUUCCAUUUGCCUCCGUUUUGACCCCAUGAAGACAUUCGUAUCCGUCGCCGUCGUCAUCAUCGCUUGGAGCAUGCUUGCACUCGCCACUUCGGCGCAAUGCAACGUCAACUGUCUCUUAGAGUACGCGCCCGUGUGUGGCACCAACAACAAAACGUACGGCAACAGCUGCAUCUUGAAGGUCGACGCGUGCUUGACCAACGAAACUAUCGCGGUGGCGCGUCCAGGCAAGUGCGAGUGCAGUCCGAUCUGCACGGCAGAGUACUCUGCCCGCUGCGCGAGUAACAACGUCACGUAUGGCAACGACUGCGAACUCAAGUUGGCGCAGUGCCUAGACGGCACGAUCAAGUUGCUCCGUCGCACUGUGUGCACCGCUUGCAAUAUCGCUUGCACAAAGGAGUACCAGCCGUUGUGCGGUUCGAACGGGAUUACGUACGCCAACCGAUGCGAGCUCAACAAUGCUGCGUGCAAUAUCAACAGCACGUCGUCCAGUCUGUUCUCGGUGUUUAAUGGAGAAUGCUCGCCGCCGCCAUCGUCCACUAACUCGACGGUGAAGCCCAACUCCACUACUACUAGUAUAGUGACGCCGUCGCCUAUCGCCACCACCGUCAAAUCUGGCACCAUGACGACCGUGGCCUCGUCUGCUGUCGCCACUCUCGUGUGCGUGGGACUCCUACUCGUGGCGCCUUGAGAGAGAACCAACCAAUGAGACGAUUAACGUAAACGUACAUUCUAUCGCAUAUUCGGUAUACUACUACUACGUCGUACUUUAGUAGUAACUAGUUAAUGACAAAGACUGUUCGAUUGAG